AAAAGUGAAGCCCAUGUCAUGAUUGACAGCUGUGACAGCCACUCUCAAUCCUUUACGCGGACUCUCAGGCUCCAAAUAAGCAAGAUGGCAGCUCUCGGAAGGAGAUUUGGUUUCACGUCUGCAUAGCGCCUGCUGUGAAAUGGCUUAUGAGAAACAACAGCGAGAGGAGCAUCGUGAAGUUGACCUGGACCCGGAUGACUUCUGCUGUUUUAUAUGUCUAGACUUUCUAACAGAGCCAGUCACCAUUUACUGUGGGCACAAUUUCUGCAAAGGCUGUAUUAAACGUGUCUGGGACUUGGAGGACGUGAAGGGAAAGUACAGCUGCCCUUAUUGUAGGAGGACCUUCAAUCCCAGGCCUGAUCUGGGGAGGAACAACACACUGGCUGAGGUUUUGAGGAAGUGGAAGAUGACACACAACCAGCGGACUUCUCCUUCUGCUGCUCUGACCCGUGCCGGCCCGACAGAUGUUACCUGUGAUUUCUGCUGUGGGACCGAACCCAAGAAAGCCGCUAUGUCUUGCCUGACGUGCUUUGCAUCGUACUGUCCGGCUCACCUGGAGCCUCAUUUGAGUGUUCCUGUGUUGAAGAAGCACCAGCUGGUCUCUGCUAUGGUCCCGCUUUGUACGAAGAUGUGUAAGGAGCACAACAAGCUGAUGGAGUUCUACUGUCAGACAGACGAGCGGCUUGUUUGCUCUCUGUGCGCUCUGAAUCACCAUAAGGACCAUAAAACAGUGCCUGUUUCGGUACAGAAGGCUGAGACGGAGAAACGGCUGGUUUCAAUUCAAAAGAAAGUUCAGAAAAGAGUCCAGCAGGGAGAGGAGGAGCUGAACCAUCUCAGCCAAGCCGAGGAGAAUCUCAAGAGUUGCGCCCAGGCUGCGGUGGCAGACUGUGACAAGCUCUUCGACAGGCUGAUCGACUCCCUGCAGAGAAGACGUGGCGAGGUGAAGCGGCUGAUCACAGCACAGAAGAAGACUGCGGUCACUCAGGUUAAAAAGCUGCAGCUGCGGCAGGAGGAGGAGACCGUCACGCUGUGGAGAAGAGACGCUUUCCUGGAACAGCUGCUGCACACCGACGACCCCAUCUAUUUGAUUCAGAUUUUCCAGUCUCUCUCCAAUUUCGGUGACCCUCCAGACGUUCCAGUUGGAGCCAGUCCUGCGUGCUCCUUCAGAGAUGUGACUGACUGCGUGUCUGAGCUGAGUGAUAAACUGGAGGUCGUACUGAAGGACACAUGGCCAAAGAUCUCUGCCACAGCCGGUUAUGUUGACUUCUCCAUGCCACCAGCACCAAAAACCAGAGAGGAGUUUUUACAAUAUUGCUGUCCCCUCACAAUGGAUGUGACCUCAAACUACCCCUAUCUCUACCUGGUAGACGACAACCACAUGAUGAAGCCUUCACCCAGCCCAUAUGCUGAUAACCCGGACAGGUUUACUAAGUUUCCACAAGUGCUGUGCCAAGAGGGUUUGUCAGAGCGAUGUUAUUGGGAGGUGGAGUGGAAUGGUCGCCGUCUGUCUGCGGCAGUGUCGUACAAAGACAUCAGCCGAACAUCGGAUGACUCACGGUUCGGAAGCAACGACAAGUCCUGGAGCUUAGAGUGCAAAGCAGACGGUUACUCGUUCCAUCACAAUAACGUAGAAACAACAGUGUCAGGCUCUUGCUCCUACAAGAUCGGAGUGUACCUGGAUUAUAAAGCAGGCACUCUGUGUUUUUAUCACGUCUCUGACCCGAUGGUGCUAAUCCACAAAGUUCACACUUCUUUCACUCAGCCUGUCUAUCCUGGGCUCGGGCUGGAUUAUAAAUGGUUUGAUAUUGGAGUGUUUGCACAGCUGGUAAAGUUAUGGUAGUAAAAGUGUGUGUGUAAAAGGAAUUUGAAGUGUUUUUUUGGCCCAAAAAACAAAAAGUAAAUUUUAAUAAAUGUUCUGCAACGUUAGAACACUAGAGGAAUACGGACAGGAGGGCAAUAAAACACUUUUGUGCAUAAACAUAAAAAUUUUCUUCUUUUCUCAUCUAUAAUAUUUUCAUCCAUUUCCCUUCCAGGGUUAUGUCAUACACUAAUACAGUUUGGAAAAAUUUGUACGUGUGUUUUUGCAGGUCAGAUGAUAUUAAGGAGGGAAGGUGACGGAGCAUAAAAUCCUUGAUAAUGCCUGCCUUAACCUGAAUGAACUAUAUCUAGUCUCUAGUGAAAAGGCUUCGCUUUUGUUUUUGUUGGUUGAUCUUGAUACGAUCUAAAGGCCCAUCCAGAAGUUUUUCAUCCCCGGGCAAGAAAAGGCAGAGCAACUUGGCAACAAGUUAUUGCAAGCGCCCAAUCCUUAAAGGGGUUUGGUUAUGUGGAAAUUUUACAUGGAAAAUGCUGAAAGCCUAGCACAAAUCAUUGGCUAUUGUCAGCUUCUUUCCAAAAUGAGUAACCUUAUCAGUUAUUCAUUUGUUAUUUUCUACCUGCCCAUAAACAAUAAUUGAAUGAUUGGCAGGGCAGAAAGGCUUUGCUUGUUUGUUUUUUUUCUUUUCUUUUCUUUUCUUUGUUUUUUUUUUUUUUACUUUUCAACCAAAGUUAAAUGCUUACUGGUUGGCAGAAGUGAUGCAUCUCAGUGGUUAAAGAUGGGAUGACCAUAUGUUUACACUGUAAAAUGUCUUGUCUGAUUGUCACAAAUUGUAAUACAGUGACAAGUUGCACUUAAUAAACUUAAUUGCAUUGUUAAUAUGAAA